AUGCCGAUCCGAAACCCUUUCGCCCGUCGGCCCGAGGUCGCCAUCCCCAACAACGAAAAUGAGCGCCCGGGACAAGAAAAUAGCCAUCCUGGCUUCGAGAGAGUCGACACGGUGGGCUCUAAAGCCUCGUCAGCGAUGAGCAUUCGCAGCAGCAAGAGCCACGAUAACGGCGAGUACAAGAUGAGUGUCGUCAAUGAUAGUGGCAUCUACCUGCCUCCUUCCCCAACAGUGGAAAAAGGGCAGCCUUGGCCCAAGCGACACUUGUCUUCACGUGCCUCAACAGACACGCGCAGCAGCUUUGGCGACCUUGAGCAUUUCUCCAUCUCUAGAGAAUCGUUCGAUUCGUACAGGCGAUCCUUUGACAUCACUGCACGCUCUCCCAUCAAGCAUAACAACGCCCCAUACUCGGUUCAUCGCAAGAUGGAGCGACAGGUCCCUACGCCGGAAGAGAACUUUGAGGACGUUGGACUGGACGAUGGCAAACAGCAGCAGCGCAAGCGCGGAUUCUUUGCAAAGUUGACUGACAGUCAGGACAAAGAAUCGUCGCCAUCCACCAUGCCUCGGUUUCUCAUGGGCGGUCGCAAGCGCGGGCAAAGUGGCCAGGGGGCCGAAUUGGGCAGCGUCGAUCGUCGGCGAACAUCAGUCACGAGUGAGGUACGCUGA